AUGAACGAUCCCCUCUGGGUGAGAUACCAGUAUUAUCAGCCAGGGAGCCUUAUCAUUGGUGGGAUCACUUCCCAGAUCUUCUCAUUUUCAGAGGGUGCAGACUUUGAAACAGAGCCAAAACCAAAGUAUGAUGUUGAACCUGUUGUGAUGGUGAAAAAAUAUCAGCAUGUCUUGUCCUUGGCGUAUGCUGUAAAAGAGAUCAAUGAGAACUGCAAGAUCUUACCCAACAUCACUUUGGGGUUCCAUAUCUAUGACAGUCACUUUGAUGCACAGAUAACUUACCAGAACACUUUGAAUCUUCUCUUUAAUCAGAAGAGGAUUGUUCUCAACUACAACUGUGAUAUGCAGAAAAAUCUGAUUGCUGUCAUUGGAGGCCUUGACUCUGAAACCUCCUUCCACAUAGCUACUGUCUUAGGCCUCUACAAGAUUCCACAGGUCACCUAUUGUUUAUAUGCACCAGGUGUGAGUGAUGUAACUCAGCGCUCUCCCUUAUAUCGCAUGGUGCCAAAUGAAGAGCAUCAGUACACCGGAAUUGUCAAGCUGCUGCUCCAUUUUCAAUGGAAGUGGGUUGGGAUCCUGGCCAUGGGUGAUGAUAAAGGAGAAAAAUUUGUCCAGACCAUGGACCACAUCUUUUCCCAGAAUGGUAUCUGUACAGCCUUUGAUAAAAGGAUGCCAAAACAGAGCAACAUUUUAGGUGUGAUUAACUUUUACGACAUUUUUAUGGAUAUAAUAGCUUCACUAAAGGAGACAAGCGUCAAUGUCUGUGUUGCAAGUGCUGAUCCUCACAUGAUGUUGAUUUUGCAAGUAGUGCUCAAUCUAAUUGAAACGAAUAUUAUGAUCCCGAUAAGCAAGGUGUGGGUUAUGACAGCCCAUUGGGACUUUUCAAUGGAGCCAUUUUUCCACAAUCUGGAUGUAAAGAUUUUCCACGGUGCCUUGUCUUUUGCCAUUCAUUCUACUGAGGUGAAAGGGUUCGAAAAUUUCCUUCAGAUCCAGAAUCCCUCCAUCUCUGAUGAAGAUGGCUUUAUCAGGGCCUUCUGGGAACAAGCAUUCAGCUGUUCAUUAACUGCAGAUACUGACAUGGGUAAUGGACGAUGCUCGGGAAAGGAGAUGCUGGAGAAACUUCCUGGACCUUUUUUUGAAAUGAGUAUGACCAGCCAAAGUUAUAGCAUCUACAAUGCUGUAUACACAGUUGCGCAUGCACUGAAUGCCUUGUAUGCAUCUAGAAACAGAUACAGAACCAUUGUGGAUAGAGACCUUCUGGAGAUUUCAAAGCCAAAUCUUUUAAAGCUUCAUGCUUUUCUUAGGAGCAUCUCAUUCAACAACAGCGCUGGUGACAAGGUGUCCUUUGAUGAGAAAGGCGAAUUGUUAGCUGGAUUUGAUAUUAUCAAUUGGGUCACUUUCCCAAACAAAUCCUUCCUAAAAGUGAAAGUAGGAAGAAUGGAGCCUCAAGAACCACUGGAGAGACAGAUCUCCAUCAAUAAGACAAUGAUUACGUGGCACAACCAAUUGAACCAGGCUAUCCCCCUUGCCUUGUGUAAUGACUACUGCUAUCCAGGUUUCAGCAGAAAAAAGAAGGAGGGCAAGCCAUUUUGUUGCUAUGAAUGUCUUCAAUGUCCAGAGGGGAAGAUUUCAAAUGUGAGGGAUAUGGAUGAUUGUUUUGAAUGCCAAGAACAUAAAUACCCUAAUAAAGAGAGGAAAGAGUGCCUUCUGAAAUAUCUGAACUUUUUAUCUUAUGAUGAACCUUUGGGCAUUGGUUUGGCUGUUUUGGCUCUGUCUCUAUCCUCAAUGACAGUGUUGGUGUUUGGAAUCUUUGUCAAGCACCGGAAGACUCCAAUUGUCAAAGCCAACAACCAGAACCUCACCUACACUCUGCUCAUCUCCCUCUUGCUCUGCUUCCUCUGCUCCUUGCUAUUCAUUGGCAAGCCUCAGACACUAACUUGUCAGUUACGACAAACUGCUUUUGGUAUCAUCUUUUCAUUAGCUGUUUCUUCUGUUUUGGCAAAAACCCUCACUGUGGUUCUGGCUUUCAUGGCUACCAAGCCAGGAUCCAAAAUAAGGAAAUGGGUGGGGAAAAGAUUCUCAAACUCUAUUAUUUUCAGCUGUUCAGUUAUCCAGGUAGGUAUUUGCAUGCUGUGGCUAUGUACAGACCCUCCCUUUCCAGAUUUAGACAUGCACUCUCUGCCUGAAGAAAUCGUAGUGGAAUGCAAUGAAGGUUCAGCCAACAUGUUCUACUAUGUUCUUGCUUACAUGGUAUUACUGGCUCUUGUCAGCUUCGUUGUGGCUUUCUUUGCUCGGAAGCUGCCGGACACUUUUAAUGAAGCCAAAUUUAUCACCUUCAGCAUGUUGGUGUUUUGCAGUGUGUGGCUUUCUUUUGUUCCAACCUACUUAAGCACCAAAGGGAAAUACAUGGUGGCUGUGGAGAUCUUCUCCAUCUUGGCCUCCAGCGCAGGGAUACUGGGCUGUAUUUUCUCCCCUAAAUGUUAUAUAAUUGUCCUCAGACCUGAACUGAACAGUAAAGAGCAGCUAAAAAAGAGAAACAACUAA